UGUUACUCAGGUUGACCUGUUUCUAACACUGUGCAGUGAACAGUGACAACACUGGAAGGCGCAGGCCAUCAGCAAUGGAGACUCUCGUGAAUGCUUAUAGCGACAUGGACACAUCACAGAAAGUGCUGCAUGCUGUCGGAGGUGUUUUUGUAGCUGUGGUGUCAGUCGUCGCUAUCAGGAAACUAUUUCACAAAGAGGCAAAGAAGGACUAUCCUCGCGAUACGGUGAUCCAUCAUCAGAUCGGUAGAGGUCCCUAUGCCCCAAGCAUGACGCCAUUUGCUGUGAAGCUGGAGACCUACCUCCGGAUGGCCAGGAUACCCUACCAGAACGUCCAUGGGAUGCAGAUGUCAUCAAAGAGCAAACUCACUUGGAUUGAGUAUAAUGGACAGGCAGUAGCGGACUCUACACUGUGCAUUGAAUUCCUCAACAAGAAGCUGGGGGUGGACCUCAACAGGAACCUGAGUCCUGCUGACAGAGGAGUAGCUCAGGCAUUGCAGGUUAUGGCGGAGGAACACAUGUACUGGUUCCUUGUCCUCUUCCGAUGGGUAUAUGACAACGACAAAUCUCUGUUAAUGAAGACACUUAAACUCGGGACGUUCCUCCUUUGGCUAAUUCGACGAAAUAUUAAGAAGCAAACAUGGAAUCAGGGCUUGGGCCGACACACAGAAGGGGAGGUAACUGAGAUGUUUAAGAAGGAUCUGCAGUCCCUGUCAGACUUCAUAGGGACCAAGAAGUUCCUGAUGGGGGACGAGCCCUGUGAGACGGACUGUGCCGUGUUCGGUAUGCUGUCACAGGUUUACUGGCAUUUCACGGGCACUGGACACGAGAACAUUAUCAAGGACAAAUACCCCAACUUGGCCGUCUACUGUGAACGUAUGAAGGAAAUGUUCUGGCCCGACUGGGACCAGUGCAUCACACACUGUGGAACAAGGGAGGCAACCAAGUAGUACCUGCGGAUUUCAUGUAUUUCCAAGGACAUAUAACUGUUCAGAUGGCGUAAUACACAUUUAAACGGCUGUGUCCAAAGUAUUUGUUUCAGACGUCACUCACAAAUGUUAUCAACUCGAUCAAUAAUCCAGUUGACUUGAACUGAACUUCGUCCCUUUAGUAGUUAAUAGCCCAGUUGCACAGAACUAUCUUGAUAUUUAGAAAUAGUUUUCUCUCUACCCCUGUAUCGUGAAACAAAGCACAGUUGGAUCUUUGCUGUAAUUAAGUUUAGAUAUACUUUAGAAACCCUACCUCAAAGAUCUGUCUUUUAGAUGAGACAUCUUGCUUGAUAACAGAGAAAAAAAGAUUUCGCGGAGGAUACGUUAGAUCACGGGGAGGUAAUUGGAACAGCUCGAUGACGUAAGGUCAAGCUAUCCUACUCAUCAGUAAUGUGAGAACUGUUGUCACGAAGGAUGCGUCAGCUCAACAUAUAACUUAUAAAGUCUACUUUGUAACGCGUAAAGUACAGUCAGAGCCUUUGAUAUUUUACGAGUAUCUUAAAAAAUCAUUCACUAUUAUUAUAACUAUACUUUCGCAGAUCUACUAUUGGUUGGAACCAGCAAGUCUUCAGUAAGUUUACAAUGUAUAAACCAUAUAGUUUACCCCAAAUAUUCCUCUUACAGAUUCUGCACCAUUUAUUGUGUUGGCUAACACUAGUCCCUGAAAUGAAAUAUUUUACAGAAAAAAAAACAGUUCAUAGUAAAAAUAUAUAACAUAAAAUAUACUGAAAAGAAGCCCAGAGACUUUCUUCAUUUUCAGCCUGAAACUGUAAAUCUAGAUUUGCCACAUUUUCUAGACUUGCAUGGGCUUUCUUGGAUAUAUUUGUUUCCGGGUCUGUAUAACAGAUUAGAUAUUGUGCUUACCAGAAGGAUAUUCUGUCGUUUCAAGCAUUUCAUUUUUUGGCGUUUCGUGUGAUAUGUUGUUUCGCUUUUAGUUGAUUUAUAACCCAUGUAUAUUUGAUAAAAUGGUUUAUCCCAGAUAUUCGUUCUUGCGGAUUCGGCACAAUGUGAUAUCGAUAUUGUGUUUACCAGAAGGACAUUCAGUCACUUCAUGCAUUUCAGUAUGGCCGUUAUAGGUGGUUGUGAUAGGUUGUUUCGCUUUUAGGCUGUUGGAAUUACUCUUGAAAGUAACAUUCCUUAACAUACACAGCGAUGUUUUCCUUUGGAGACCACAACGAUCUUGGUAUAUGACUGACUGAGUUUCGUUUUUACGCCGCUUUUAGCAAUAUUCCAGCAACAUCACGGCGGGGGACACCAGAAAUGGGUUUCACACAUUGUACCUAUGUGGGGAUUCGAACCCGGGUCUUCGGCGUGACGAGCCAACGCUUUAACCACUAGGCUACCCCACCGCCCCUCUUGGUAUAUGAAUUAGAGUGAAUGAGUGAAACGCUCGUUAGAACGGUAUUUCAGCUAUGCCGGCCUGUGAUACCCUGGCCUACAGUUGAAGAGAGCCUACCUCAUUUACGAAAACAACCAGUUGGAAAUUGUGAUUAAUGACCCCAGGAAAUAUUAUCAGGUAAACAUGAAAUUCGAACUCUGGCUCACAUCAGUGUCCUAUUCGUGUCCAACUGUUAAAUGGGAUAAUGAUAAAAAAAAUUGAUAAACCAUGUUCACUAACUUACAGCAGUUGGGUAGCCUAGUGGAUAAAGCGUUCGCUCGUCACGCUGAUGACCCGGGUUCGAUUCCCCACAUGAGUACAAUGGUUGACGCCCAUGCCUGGUGUCCCCCACCGUGAUAUUGUUGGAAUUUUGCUAAAAGUGGCAUAAAACUAAACUCACUCACUCACUGCAGUGCUUGCAUUGCAUUGCAUUGCAUUGCAUUGCAUUGCAUAGACUGUUUGUCAAAGACAGAGUAUAAUAUAUUUCAAAUACAAUGCUUUGAUUUU